CUUGAGUGUAUUAGUUAUCGCAAAAAAGAAAAGAAAAAAAAUAAACGACGAAGUGUAAGUGAGAAGCUUCAAGAGUUGGCGCCUUGAUAAAAUGAAAUUAAGAAGGAAAACAGAAUUCCCGCCUAAAGAAAGGAAAAUACAGAAGAGCACUAAUACCACCUGUGAUCCGUAGUAGUGAAAACUGUGAAAUUAAAAAUGUAUUCCUCUUCCUCCGCCGAGAAAAAACCUAACCCUAAAAAUGUAUACCACAUCGGAGGUCUUCCCGUCGAAUUUCCAUACCAACCCUACGGUUCUCAAUUCGCGUUUAUGGGUCGAGUUAUCUCAACCCUUAAUCGAGCUCAGAAUGAAGGUCACUCUCACGCGUUACUGGAGUCCCCCACCGGUUCCGGUAAAUCCCUUUCUCUUCUCUGCUCCUCUCUCGCUUGGCAGCAACACUAUAAACCCACCCCUCCGCAAACCGCCGCCGAUCCUCUCGCUAACGGUGGUGGAUUUCUUCUCGACGAGGUUCUACUUCCUUUAGAACCUACCAAUAAGAAGCUCAAGAAAAAGACAGUUCCAACUAUUUAUUAUGCCUCGAGAACACACUCACAAAUUACUCAAUUGGUUCGUGAAUUGCGCAAAACUUCAUACAGGGUGCCCAUGGCUUUACUGGCAUCACGGAAGCAUUACUGCACCAAUAAAAAUAUACGUGGCAGAGAGAACAUAGACGAAGAAUGCAAACAACUUUUGAAAGAUAAAGUAAUAGGAUGUCCAGAGUUCAAAAGUGUACAGAAAGUCAAAGCUCACCCUUCCCUUCAGAAAGGAGGAUGCAAUGAGGUGCAUGACAUAGAAGAUCUCGUUAAAGUUGGACAAUCGGUGAAAGGUUGCUCUUAUUAUGCUGCCCGUUCUAUGUCAAAUGAUGCACAAUUAGUAUUUUGUCCAUAUAACUACAUCAUUAAUCCAGUCAUUCGGGGAGCAAUGGAGGUGGAUAUUCAAGGAGCCAUCGUGAUAUUCGAUGAAGCUCACAAUAUAGAGGACAUUAGUCGUGAUGCUGGUAGUGUGGAUAUUGAAGAGGAUACAUUGGACAAACUACAAAUGGAGCUCGAGCAACUCUGUCAUUCAGAUAUUGCAAUUUACCUACCCCUGUAUGAAAUGACACAGGGCCUUACUAGCUGGAUGGAACACAAGAAAACUACUCUGGAAAAACGUGACUUUCAGCACUAUGUGUCAUGUUGGACUGGUGAUAAAGCUUUACAAGAGCUUGAAGAAGCAAAUAUUUCAAAGCAGUGCUUCCCUAUCUUGCUAGAAUGUGCUACUAAGGCAAUCAAAGUUUAUACUGACUUGGAAGAAGAUGAACCACAUUUAAGUGGCAUGUCAGUGAUAACAUUGGAAGGCUUAUUCUCAUCACUAUCUUAUUUCUUCUCAAAAAAUGGAUCUCAUAUGUUGGAUUACCAGCUUGCUCUUCAGCGAACUGUUAGAAAACAUGAUAGAAGAGCUUCUGGGAACUGGACACACACUUUAAGUCUGUGGUGCUUGAAUCCAGCUGCUGUAUUUAGAGAGGUUGCCGAUCUUUCGUUAUCAGUCAUAUUGACUUCUGGGACACUGUCACCAAUGAUGUCGUUUUCUUCUGAACUUGGAGUUAAGUUUGAAACUAAUCUUGAAGCUCCACAUGUGAUUGAUACUGAUUCACAGGUGUGGCCUGCUAUAAUCUCCACUGGUCCUGGUAAUUAUCCUUUGAAUGCAAGUUACAAAACUGCUGAUGUAUAUGCAUUCCAGGAUGCAGUUGGAAGAUCUUUAGAGGAAAUCUUCAAGAUUGUUUCAGGUGGUUGUCUUGUGUUCUUUCCAAGUUAUAAAUUGAUGGAAAAAUUAUGCACCCGAUGGUCUGAAACAGGUCAAUGGUCUCGACUCAAGGCAGAAAAGCCCCUUUUUGUUGAAUCAAAGGGGGGAAGCCAAGAUGAUUUUGAACUUACAUUGAAGGGUUAUUAUGACUCAAUUCAUCAUGACAAAAAACCUGCUUCUGGAAGGAAAAGAAGGAUUAAGAAAACUGAUCUAAAUCACUUCCAUGCAGUUGAUUCCAUACAGGAUACUAAGAAAGGAGGAGCAGCUUUACUUGGUGUUUGUCGAGGAAAGGUUUCUGAAGGAAUUGAUUUCUCUGAUGAUAAUGCCAGAGCAGUUAUCAUUGUUGGUAUCCCAUUUCCAAACAUGUAUGAUAUUCAAGUUGCACUAAAGAAGAAGUAUAACGACACAUUCAAAUCAUCUAAACAACUGUUAGGAGGAAAUGAGUGGUACUGCCACCAAGCAUUCCGAGCUUUAAAUCAAGCAGCAGGGCGGUGUAUACGACAUAGACUUGAUUAUGGAGCAAUCAUCCUAUUGGAUGAACGCUUUCGUGAAGAAAGGAAUAAAGCAUUUAUUUCGAAGUGGUUAAGAAAACCCUUGAGAGUGUAUGACAGUUUUGAAUUGUCACUGGAGAAACUAAAAUCAUUCUUUGAGAAUGCCAAGGAGCGGUAUGGCUUGGAUACAGUGCAUGCAACAACGAAUUUGAACUUAAAUGACGAUGAUGGUGUUCAAAACAAGGAUGGAAAUAUGUGGUUUCCAAAGAAGAAAAAUCAGAAACUGAACAAGUCUAGAAAUGGAGCUGAGAAAGAGACGUCGGUUAUUGAGGAUAAAAUCUCUAUUCCCACACCGAGUCUGAGCUCUCACAAUCUUGGCGAAAGUCAGCCAUCAGCUCCAAGGAAUAGUAACACAUACAGUUUCAAAGACCAUAUUAACCUCCAAUGUUGUAAUCUGACGGAAAGGUUCACUGAGGCAUCAUCUGUGACAUUUACACAUGAUGAAACCCCCACCGUCAAGGAAAGCCCAUCUUCACAUAUUGCCAGUGGUGCUGGCAGCGCAUAUUACUCUAAGGAUGACAAUUCUGAUUGCACCAUAAUUGAGGAUCACUCGUCAAGUUUUCCAGUGUCUUCAACUACUGGAAGUAAAAUAUCAAACACAGUCACUCCCGAAAAGAGUGUAACUGCAAAUAAUAUUCCAGAAUCAUCUUUGAAUUCGAGUGUUAAUUCUCACAAUCAGAAAAGGAGAAAGCCCACGGUCGUACCAUAUAUAGACCUCAUUGAAGAAGAAAACCAUGAAGCAUCUUCUGUCAGCACUCCGAAAUGGUACACAAAAAGCUCAGUGGAAGUUAGAGAGGCAACCCAUGAAACUGAAUGUAGUUUGGGAAGAAUUUCAAACUUGCAAUCUCCUCAGUUACCAACAAGCAAUUUACCUGGUUCAUGUUCAUUAACCAUCCCUCUACUAGACAAAAGGUUACUGCUAUUUUGUUCACUCUGCAAAAACCCAUUGGGACGACAUGAGAACCAUCUAUCUCUUACAUGCUCUUUGAUUUCAUCAUCAAUUGUUCACUUGAGAUUCCUUUUGAAAAAAAGACUUGCAACAUACACCGCUGAUGCAGAAAAGAGUGUACCAGUUAUUGUUACUGAUUCUUCAUUUGUUGAUCAACGUGUUUGCAAUAGAGUACCUAAAAGUACACAGGAAGAAGGUAUAUGGUGUCCAGAAGAUGGGUGUGUUUUCAGCACAAUUUUUUGUCCCUUCUGCAGUAAUACCAACAAUUUGCUCGGAGUUCAGAUCAUGGCAACCAAUUCUUCAAAUGCUAAGUUACUUGACAAGAUAUUGUUUUUCUUUGAUUCUUUGGAAGUGAAAUACCAAGAAGAAGCAGGAAAAAGUGCUUCAGAGGAAGUGGAUUUUUCACCAAUUACCGACUCUGGCAUGGAUGGAGUUGCAGCCUUAAAUUCCUUUGAGAAAUAUUCUUAUGUUCCCCAACCAGGGAAAUCAGAAGUCUGGAAGUCUAGAAAAUCAAAGGUCAAAAUUUAAACAAUUUUCUGUUAAUGAAUGUUGAAACUGGUAUGAUUGGAAAUUCUAUAGUGCAGUUUGGCAAUAAUUGAGGUAGGGAUGGCGUUCUCUCGAAAAUUGAAUCAAAGAAUGACUUUGUCGUCAGUGCAUCUGGUGUAAAUAUUUUUGUUAUCAUUACAAGAUCUUAAUUUAUUUUCAUUUUGUUAAUUUA